AUGCUGAAGACGAUUUACUUGAACAGCUCACUCGAGUGGAAGCCGUCUCCAGUUGUAGCCCUAGCUACCAGCGCCGAUGACUCCCAAGUUGCCGCCGCUAGGGAGGAUGGCUCCCUGGAGAUUUGGCUCGUCUCUCCUGGCUCAGUUGGUUGGCACUGCCAGCUGAUUAUUCAUGGCGAUCCUAGUUCAAGAGUUUCAUCGCUCGUGUGGUGUCGUGCUGGCUCGAAGGGAUUACCUUGUGGCAGAUUGUUUUCGUCAAGUAUUGAUGGGUCUAUUUCAGAGUGGGACCUGUUUCACUUGAAGCAAAAGAUUGUUCUGGACUCGACUGGCUACUCGAUUUGGCAGAUGGCUGUUGCACCUACUAGUGAUGGAGCACUUUCCUCAGAGGUCAAGUCGCAGCAUCUGACAAAUGGCUUCUUGAAUGAAAUUCAUCGUGGUAACGAUCAUGAUGAUGAAUCUAGUGAAAGUGAUGAUGAUUCAAGCUCCGACGGGCAUCUCAAUCAAGUUCUUGAAGAUACACGCUUGGCAAUUGCUUGCGAUGAUGGUUGUGUUCGUAUAUACACUGUUCCAGAUUCCGAUGAGUUGAUAUACAAUAGAACUUUGUCUAGGGUCAGUGGCCGCACUUUAAGUGUGACGUGGAGUUGUGACGCGAGUAAGCUAUUCUCAGGCAGCAGCGACGGUUUUAUUAGAUGCUGGGAUGCAACCCUUGGUCAUGAGAUAUACAGAAUCACAGUUGGGCUUGGUGGUCUGGGCGGUGGAACUGAAAUUUGUGUGUGGUCUCUACUUGCACUGAGAUGUGGGACCCUCGCUAGUGCAGACAGUACUGGCACUGUUCAGUUUUGGGACUCCCAGCACGGGACUCUUUUGCAAGCGCAUUCUUACCAUAAGGGUGAUGUAAAUGCUUUGGCAGUUGCUCCUAGUCAUACCAGGGUAUUUUCUGCUGGAUCAGAUGGUCAGGUUAUUCUUUAUAAGCUUUCCAGUGAUGUAGUUGGAUCUAGUGCUGAUACAUCUACAUCGACUGUAAUGAAGAAAUGGGUUUAUGUUGGUUAUGUUAGAGCUCAUACACAUGAUGUUAGAGCUUUGACAAUGGCUGUACCAAUCUGCCGUGAAGAUGCUCUACCUGAGGAAAAGGCAAAAAUGGGGCGGAAGAGGAGGCGGCAAAUUGAGUUUAGCUAUCACAAGUGGGCACAUCUGGGAGUUCCCAUGCUAAUUUCUGGUGGCGAUGACACAAAGAUGUAUGCUUAUUCUGCAAAGGAGUUCUCAAAGUUCUCUCCCCAUGACAUAUGUCCCGCACCUCAGAGAAUGCCCAUUCACUUGGUUCAUAAUACCAUGUUCAACAAGAAUUCCUUACUUCUUGUCCAAGCAUCUAAUUCCUUGGAUAUUUUAUCUGUGCGGUCAAAUGGUGGAAACAUAACAGAUGGUGUUCCUGGUCCAUCAAGGGGCCGUGCAACCACAGAUUUAUUGGCUAGAAUUAAAACGAAAGCAUCCCGUAAGAUCAUAUGUAGUGCCAUUUCUAAUACUGGAAUGCUAUUUGCUUACUCCGAUCACAUCAAGCCAAAUCUUUUUGAGUUGAAGAAGCAUGAAGCUCACAGAACUUCGUGGACUGUUAGCAAAAGGAAGCUUCAUUCCAAGUUGCCAUACUCGCAUUGUAUCAUCUUUAGUUCGGAUUCUUCGAGGCUAAUAUUGGCAGGCCACAAUAGAAGGAUAUAUGUUGUGGAUGUGGAGACAUCUGACCUGGUGCAUACCUUCACUCCUCAGCGUUAUGAUUACAAUGAGGAAUUACCGCCCUCCGAGCCUCCAAUGACAAAAAUGUUCACUAGCAACGACGGACAGUGGUUAGCUGCCGUUAAUUGCUUUGGCGAUAUAUAUGUGUUCAACAUGGAGACACAAAGGCAGCAUUGGUUCAUUUCAAGACUGGAUGGUGCUUCUGUUACCGCUGGUGGUUUCCCACCACAAAAUAAUAAUGUCCUUGUAGUCACUACCUCCUCAAACCAGGUCUAUGCAUUUGAUGUAGAGGCGAAACAGUUGGGGGAAUGGUCAAUGAGGCAUACUUCUUUUCUACCUAGGAGAUACCAGGAGUUUCCUGGAGAAGUUAUUGGUCUCUCUUUCCAGCCUUUGUCUGCUUCUCCAUCUGCCAUCAUAUAUAGUGCGAGGGCAAGGUGUCAGAUCGAUUUCGGGAUGCCAGUGGAUAGAGAGGAAGAUGGUGACUUGGCUAAUGGUCCUGUUUCAAGCAAAAAGAUAAGAUUAAAAACCCCGGUGAACAACGGUAGCCUGAAAAGAAUACUAAAAGAGUAUCAAACAAAGACUGAAAAUAGGAGGAACUUUGAAUUUCAUGCCUUCAGAGAUCCUGUUUUAUUCAUGGGGCACCUUUCAGAGAAUAGCAUAUUGAUCGUAGACAAGCCGUGGUUAGAUGUAGUUAAAUCAUUAGAAGCUCCUCCUGUUCACAGACAUGUAUUUGGCACUUAG